CAAAUAUACAGUAUUAAACCACCAUGCACUAGAUUCUGGAAAUUUGCCAUUUGCUAUCUUCAUGUAAAUUUCCCACAUUUUAUUUUGAUCAGAAGUGAUACUCUUUAGUCUUUGCCUAUAGAGUGAAUUUGUGCAAGAGGAAACAUCUUUCGAUACCUCUUUCUGUUUCCUCAUUAAGGUUUUUGCCAAAUAUCUAUAGGCUGAUAGCCUAAAUACAAAUUUGUAAUACAAUUAUGGAGUUCCCUUCGAAUCUGGCAGCAGAUGAAGCAAGUCCAGAAUGGAUGAACAAGGGCGACAACGCUUGGCAGCUCACUGCAGCUACACUAGUUGGUCUGCAGACUGUCCCUGGGCUGAUGAUCCUCUACGGAGGCAUGGUCAAAAAGAAAUGGGCUAUAAACUCUGCUUUCAUGGCCUUAUACGCCUUUGCAGCCGUGAUGAUUUGUUGGGUCGGAUGGGGUUUUCAGAUGGCAUUUGGCCAAAAUCUUGUGGAGUUUCUGGGAAAACCAGACCAUGUUACUUUAGACCAAAAGUUUUUACUAGACCAAGCGUUUUUGGGGUACUUUCCUAAUGCUACAAUGGUCUUGUUUCAGUUCAUGUUUGCUGCAAUAACUUUGGUUUUGAUAGCUGGUGCACUCUUAGGGAGAAUGAAUUUUGUAGCAUGGAUGUUGUUUGUGCCUUUAUGGCUUACUUUUUCGUAUACUAUUGGAGCUUAUAGUAUAUGGUGUCCUGAUGGAUGGUUGGCGAAACUCGGGGUCAUUGAUUUUGCUGGCGGUUAUGUCAUUCAUCUAUCUGCUGGUGUCGCUGGAUUCACUGCCGCUUGUUGGGUCGGACCUAGGAGUAGAAGGGACAGAGAGAGGUUCCCUCCGAACAAUGUACUGAUGAUGCUGGCAGGCGCAGGCCUGCUAUGGAUGGGGUGGACAGGGUUCAACGGUGGUGCUCCCUACGUGGCAAGUACAGACUCCGCACUAGCUGCCCUCAAUACCCAUGUAUGCACAGCAACCAGCCUCAUCACCUGGCUUAUUCUUGACUUCUCCGUCUUUGGCAAGCCUUCUAUCAUCGGGGCUUUGCAGGGCAUGAUCACUGGUCUGGUCUGCAUCACUCCGGCUGCUGGAGUUGUACAAUGCUGGGCUGCAAUUAUAAUGGGACUAAUUUCAGGAAGUGUUCCUUGGUACACAAUGAUGAUACUCCACCACAAAAUACCCCUACUAAAUCAAGUCGACGACACCUUUGCAGUCCUCCACACGCAUGCCAUAGCCGGGGCUCUAGGAGGCAUCCUCACCGGCUUCUUUGCUGUGCCUAAACUCAGCCGCCUCUUCUUCCUAGUACCUGACUGGGAAAAAUACAUUGGCCUCGCGUAUGGCCUCCAGACAGGCCGCAGAGCAGCAGGCUUCAAACAAAUGGGGGUUCAGCUUUUAGGAAUAGCAUUCAUAGUGUGCCUCAACAUAGUGACAACAAGUGUGAUCUGUUUGUUCAUUAAGCUCAUUGUUCCGCUUAGAAUGAGUGAAGAGGAACUCGAAAUCGGAGAUGAAGCAGUGCAUGGGGAGAUAGCUUAUGCAUUGUGGGAUGAUGGAGAGAAGUAUCAGAUGUCAAAGAACAAUUCAGUUUAUGAUGUUGAUGAGUUUCCAUCAAGCAUGUCAAAGAAUGCUAGUUAUGAGCUUUCACAAAUGGUAUGACAAUGUAAUUUCAAAUUUGAUUUUCAAGUCUGAACUGGUGUAAAAAGUUUACCGAGUUUUAUGGUGAUAAUAUGUUAGCUACACAGAAAUUUGGUAGAGCAAA